AGGCCUAUGUCCGCGCCUACGAGGUGCUGGACAAGUGGAAGCACUGUGAGAGGGACGUGGGCUCCUGCCUUGUCUACGAGAAGAACAAGUCCCGUGCCGAGAACGAGGGCUUUCCCACCGUCAUGCAGGUGGGGAAGGACCUGGGCCUCAGCGAGCAGGAGGUGAGUGCAGUGCUGGGCUGGACCACCGGGGACUAUCGGCUCAUCAACCCCAUUGCCCGUGGCCAGGAGGAGGUCGAGUUCGAGGACUAUCCGCAGGGCGUGAAAUCCAAGUGCCGCCUGCACCGUGCGGAGGUGCUGCCUUACGUCCAGGUCCUGGGUAGCGCCCUGGAGAAGCUGCCGCCGGCCUCUGCCGCGCGGCUCUACCGGGGCCACCGCCGGGCGGUGGAGCUGCCGCCGGGCGCCGUGCUGAAAAUGCCGGGCUUCACGAGCGUGUCCUACGACAUGGACAGCGCCCUGCAGUUUGCGACGCAGGCCAAUCAAGGAAGGUCCGUGAAGCGAAGUCUGCUGGUGUUCCAGGAGUCUUUCAGCGGGCGGUGCAUCAGUAAGCUCAGCGCGCGGAAGCGGGAGGUGGAGGUGUUGUUCCCGGUGGACAGCUGCUUUGAGGUGGCCGCGGCCGCGGCCGCCGCGGACGCGGAUGCCGCCGCGGAGGCGGAGAAGGCGGCGGAGGAGCUGAGGAAGACCAUGCCGGAGGCGGAGGUGAAGGUUGUGUACCUGCGACAGGUUGAGAGCAAGGAGGACGCUGUGAUCCUCGAGUAGCUGGCUGCAACUCCUUUGAUCCAGGCUAGGACACGCGGAGAUCGCGGCUUACGUGACCGACAAGGAACCAGACGAAGGCCGACAGCCGGCCGCCGGGUUGACCGCCAGCGACGGGCGAAUGCAGUGACGACGCGGCGGUGUUGCUUUUCUCACGGGGAGUACGGAGAAAAAGGGGUGCGGUGGGUGGCGUGUGGGCACAAGAAGAU